GAACGCGCGCGCCAUGAGGGCGCCGCUCCGCGUCGUCCUCCUCCUCCUCCUCUGCGUAUCGACGAACGCGCGCGCGUCCUCCUCGGACGACGACCGCGCGCGCCUCGUGCGCGCCUUCCAGAACGCGCUCGCGACGCACGAGCGCGGAGACGCCUCAGAUGCGCUGCGCGAGUACGAAGCCAUCCUCGCGGACGCCUCCGCGCGACCGCACCUGAGCGCGAAAGCGGAGGCGAUCCUGCGCACGAACGCCGGGGGCAUUCUCUACCAGCGCGGGAACGUCGACGCGUCGCGCGCGCACUUCAAACGCGCGACAGAGCUCGACCCGUCGCACGCGGAGGCGCGCGUCAACCUCGCGAACCUUCUCUCCGAGGACGUCGGAUCUCACGAGGACGCGUUAACGCACGCUCGCGAGGCGGUGAGGCUGCGCCCCGACCACGCCAAGUCGCAUCACCUGCUCGGGAACGUGCUGCAGCACCUGGGGCAGGAUAUCGAGGCGGCGUUGCGGUUCAAGACCGCGGAGACGCUCGCCGCGGGCGACGCGGCGGCGAACGCGCCCGCGGGAAUCUUUCAGAUUCGCGCGACGGAAGUGGGCGAGACUAAGCCGUGGAUCUCGCCGGACGGCCGCGAGCUGACCGUGCGGACGAUCUCCGUGACGCCGCCGGUGUUUCGAGUCGAGGGUUUCGUGACGGAGCGGGAGAGAGAGGCGGUGAUUCGAAAGGCGGCGCCGGAGAUGCGAGAGAGCCGGACCGUCGCGGACGGCGGGAAGGCCGGGCCGACGCGGCGCCGAAAGAGCGAGACGGCGUGGCUGGUAACGCACGGCGACGACGCGUUAGAGGCGUUGUCGACGCGAGCGACCGCGCUGCUGAACCUCUCCGCGGACGUCGCCGCCGCGGAGGAGCGCGUGCAGGUGUUGAGGUACGAGAAAGGCGGCUACUUCGACGUGCACCACGAGAGCACGGCUUUUCUGCGUCGAUUCGCGACGGUGUUGUACUACCUCUCCGGCCCGGGCGAGGGCAACGGCGGGCACACGGCGUUCCCGCUCGGUCCGCACGGCGAGGGGACCGGGGAAGGGACGGUCGUCGCGACCGCGGGGAACGUCACCGCCGCGUGCGAGGGCGGCGUGAGAGCCGCCCCGGUCCCCGGCGACGCAAUUUUUUUUUAUAAUUUUGGCGUCAACGGCCGGGUGGACGCCAACGCGAUGCACGCCGCGUGCGAAGUGACGGGGGGGACGAAGUGGGCGGCGAAUCACUGGUUCAACCUCGCGGAGCGGCGGCGCCGAUCGCCGCCGCCGCCGCCGCGCGACGAGCUGAGAUAGAUGGGCGGAGGAGAGUACGCGUAGUGCCUAGCUGGGAAAGUAGCGCGACUCGAUUCUUAUCGGAGACAGACGUCUUUCGUU